AGUAAAAUCAAAUCUUUUGUUUAGUAGUAGAAGGACUUUGUUCCCAAAUCUGUGUUUGGAAAGCCUUGUUUUCAACAAACUUAAUUGAUCCAGAGAUCAGUUAUAACAAAAACCAGCAUGCACAGAGAGACUCCAGGACUGUACUUCAGAAGCGGAUCCUAAACUGAAGCAUAUUUCGAUUGUCUAAUUUAAUGGACUGUAUAAGUAGAGUACUUAUGUCAUAACAUAUACAUUCCAAAUUCAAGGUCCCACUGAGAAUAUGCUUACUGAGAGUUGUGUCCACAAAAGAGUGCAAAGAAAUUGAAGACAAAUGUCACCUUCAGCAAGUCUAUUUUGAAUCUUUCACAAAUCUGACAACUUGUUAGUUUUGAAUUAGAGUGAUGGCUAUUUAGUCAAAGACAAGCACACAUUGCACCUUUUCAGCUGGGUAAACUAGUUAAAUGUUGACAAUAUGAUCUGUAGAAAUAGUAGAAUAGGUGAGUGUGGAAACCUCUGUACAAGGUUGUGAGAGAGCUGAAACCUCUGUACAAAUUAACCUUUGAGCCUCAUAAAAUGGAGGGAUAUAUAAUCAGCUGAAUGGGACAUUUGCCAUUGCUGCUUGUUUCUGGAUAUAAGCAUUGACAGGUUAGUUUCAAUGCAUCAUUGCUGUCAGCUCUUUCACACUUGUAAUACAGAAAGAAAAAGAAAACCAAGGGCAGCUAGUGGACAGCCAGCACAACCAUGGACUUUUCUCCAGAAGCCCUUCCGUCUUUGGAUCCACCGGAGGACAGUCACCACAGGAAGUACCAUGCCAGCUACCAGACCAUGAUUCCUUUCCGUUUUUCCUCAGGGUUGCACCCUGUGGAUGAUGCUGGGUUCUUUUCCUUCAUAUCCUUCUCAUGGAUGACUCCCAUGAUGUGGAAAUUGUUCAAAGGAAGGCUUGAUAUGAAUUCCCUGUUUUUGUCACCUCAUGACAGUGCCGAUACAAAUGGGAAAAGGUUUCAGAGGCUUUGGGGGGAAGAGGUAGCCAAAAAGGGCCUGGAAAAAGCCUCUUUGGAGCGAGUGGUCAUGCGCUUUCAAAGAACAAGGAUAAUAAUGGCAUCUAUCGCUGCUAUCUUGAUCGCCAUUGCAGUUUUUGUAGGGCCGGCUAUUCUGGUUCACAAACUUCUUACCUACAUAGAAAGUGUUUCGAAGCCUAGCCUCGCGUAUGGCAUUGGCCUUUCUGUUGCCCUUUUCAUUACGGAAUUCUGCAAAGCCAUCUUCAUUUCACUGUUAUGGGCAAUUAAUUUACGAACAGGCGUCAGAGUCAAGAAUGCUUUUUCAAUGCUAGCAUUUCAGAAGAUCAUUUCUCUCAGGUCACUCAACAGCAUCUCUGUGGGAGAGGUAAUAAAUGUGCUGACCAGUGAUGGGUAUCGGAUGUUUGAGGCCGUUGUAUUUGGAACCUUCCUCGUCUGUAUGCCUGCCCUGUUGAUCAUGUGCAUUGCAUAUUCCUGCUACAUUCUGGGAUACACGGCGCUCAUUGGUGUCUUCGUCUAUCUCGUUUUCAUUCCUAUACAGUUUGCAAUGGCUCGAUUGAUUGGUGUGUUCAGGAAGAAAGCUAUAUCUGUAACAGACAUUCGUGUUCGUACCAUGAAUGAGGUUCUUUCCUGCAUCAAGCUUAUCAAAAUGUAUGCUUGGGAAACUUCAUUUGAGAAGAAAAUCACUGAUGUAAGGAAACACGAGAAACGACUUUUGGAAUUCGCUGGCUACGUUCAGAGUGUGAACUCUUCUAUAACAACCGUCAUCCCUACUGUUGCUACAAUACUCACAUUUGUCGCCCACACAUCACUGAAGCUUCCCCUGAGUUCUUCACUUGCCUUCACCACCAUUGCUAUUUUCAAUUCCAUGAGAUUCUCUUUGGGCCUCCUUCCAUUUUCUGUCAAAGGCAUAGCUGAAGCAAGAGUGGCUUUAGCUCGGUUGAAGAAAAUCCUCCUCAUUGAGAAUCCAGAGAAAUACUUGACUCUGCAGCCAGGAUCAGCCAAUGCUCUCGCUAUGGAAGAAGCCUCUUUCUCCUGGGACAAGCCUGAAAGCAGCUCAGACAAGCCAGACGGCAGUUUAGCACUUAAAAACAUCUCUUUUAAUCUGAAGAAGGGAAGUCUACUUGGAAUUUGUGGGAAUGUGGGGAGUGGAAAAACAUCGUUAAUAUCUAGUAUUCUAGAGCAAAUGUACCUGCAGCAUGGACGUGUGAUAGCUGAUGGAUCAUUUGCCUAUGUGUCCCAGCAAGCUUGGAUAUUUCAUGGAUCUGUGCGCGAUAACAUUCUCAUGGGAGAGAUGUUUGAUGAAUCCAGGUAUAACAGAGUUCUUCAAGCUUGCUGUCUUAAGCCCGACUUGGCAAUUUUUCCCUACGGCGACAUGACUGAGAUUGGUGAAAGAGGCUUGAACCUGUCUGGUGGACAAAAGCAGAGAAUUAGCCUAGCCAGAGCUGUGUACUCCAACAAAGAUAUCCUUCUCCUGGAUGACCCUCUCUCUGCCGUUGAUGCCCAUGUGGGGAAACACAUCUUUGAGGAGUGCAUCAAGAAAGAGCUCACAGGAAAGUCUGUGAUUCUGGUGACCCAUCAACUGCAGUAUCUAGAGUUCUGUGAUGAUGUUAUGCUACUUGAAAGUGGUGAAAUCAAAGAGAUGGGAACACAUUGUGCUUUAAUGGAAUCCAAAGGUCGAUAUGCACAGCUUAUAAAUAAUUUCCAUUUGGAACAUUCAAAAGAAUCUGAUGAGGAAGAUUCCCCAAUAGAAACAAUAGAGUCUAAAGAACAAACGGGAAAUGGAAAUAGCAUUGGAGGAAUACAAAAUCCAGCAUUCGAUUUGUCAGAUGAGGUGGAUGAACCAAAAAAGGAAUUAAGUGUAAACGGCAUUAUAGAGUCAAAAAAUCAGCUUGUUGCGCAAGAGUCUUCCCAAGAAGGUUCAGUAACGUGGAGGACAUACCAUCAGUACUGCAAAGCUGUUGGAGGGUAUGUAUUGGUGCUGCUGAUGUUAUUCAUUUUCAUCCUGCAUGUUGGGACAACAGCCUUCAGUAGCUGGUGGCUUAGUUACUGGUUUGAACAAGGAUCAGGGAAUUUCUCAAACAAGUCAGAAGACAGCGGCAACAUUUCACAGCAUCCGAACCUUGAAUUCUACCAGCUUAUCUACAGUAUGACCAUUGUGGCGAUGGUACUGCUCAGUGCUAUCAAAGCAUAUUCCUUCACCAAAGUCACUUUGGGAGGCUCCUCCAAACUCCAUGACAAAAUGUUUCACAGGGUCCUUCGGAGCCCAAUGAGCUUCUUUGACACCACACCCAUUGGCAGGAUCGUGAAUCGGUUUUCCAAAGACCAAGAUGAAAUUGAUACAGGCCUGCCUUUCAAUGCUGAAAACUUCCUGCAGUUCUGCCUAUUGGUGACAUACACCCUUGUAACUAUCUCAGCGGUGUUCCCUCAGCUUCUCAUCGCCGUUUUCAUACUGGGGGCCAUCUUUGCUGCCAUCCUAUAUGUUUUCCAGAGAAGUAUAAGAGAGAUGAAGAGAAUGGAGAAUAUUAGUAGGUCUCCAUGGAUCUCUCUCACAACAUCAACUAUUCAAGGACUUCCAACCAUCCAUGCCUAUGACAAGAGGGAACAGUACAUUGAGCUGUUCAAGGGACUGAAUGAUAAAAAUUCAAACCACUUACUGCUGUUUAACUGCGGAAACAGAUGGCUGUCCUUCAGGCUGGACUUCCUCUCCGCUAUAGUCACUCUGUUUGUCGGCUUAUUUGUUGUGCUGAGCCCGGACUCCAUCAGUCCAGCAAUGAAAGGGCUGGCCCUGUCAUACACAAUCCAGUUAACAGGAAUGUUGCAGUAUGUAGUGAGAUUGUCAACAGAACUGGAAGCAAGGUUCACCUCUGUAGAAAGGAUCCUUGAAUAUAUUGCGGACUGUGUCUCGGAAGCUCCAAGGAAGCUCAAAGAUGUUGCUAUCCCAGACGGGUGGCCCAGAAAUGGAGCCAUCACCUUCCAGAGCUUUAAGAUGAGGUACAGAGAGCACACUCCCAUUGUGCUGAAUGAACUGAAUCUGAGCAUUGCUGCUAGAGAAAAGAUUGGCAUUGUGGGAAGAACCGGAUCUGGCAAGUCAUCACUUAUAACAGCUCUAUUUCGACUUGUGGAGCCAACUGGAGGAAAGAUCUUAAUUGAUGACAUAGACACCAGCUCAAUUGGUUUGGAAGACUUACGGAGUAAACUGUCAGUUAUACCUCAAGAUCCAGUACUGUUUAUUGGUUCAGUAAGAUACAAUCUGGAUCCUUUCAACAACUACAGUGAGGAAGAGAUCUGGCAAGCGCUGGAGAAGACGUACAUGAAAGAAGCAAUAUCCAACCUGACUGAAAAGUUGGACUCCAAGGUAGUCGAGAAUGGAGAGAACUUCUCUGUGGGAGAACGGCAACUUCUCUGCAUGGCCAGAGCACUCCUGAGAAACUCAAAGAUAAUAUUAUUGGAUGAAGCCACUGCCUCCAUAGACUCGGAGACAGACUCCCUGAUCCAGCACACAAUCCGAGAGGCUUUCCAAGACUGCACCAUGCUGACCAUCGCUCACCGCAUCAACACCGUGCUGGAGUGUGACAAGAUCCUUGUCAUGGACAAUGGAAAGGUCUCAGAGUUUGACAAACCAGAGAUUUUGCUGAGAAGACCAGACUCUCUGUUUGCUUCACUUCUGGAAGCUACCAGUAAAGUUAAGUCAUGAGUGAAACUGGGGGGGGGGGGGGGGUUUAGCUCAGUUGAAAGUAUCUCACUGCCAUGCUACUUUUCAACUACAGCGAUUACUGGACUGCUUUAACUUCAGAGGUGUAUCAAAUAUAGUUAUUUGAUAAGGAGUCAUUGUGAUCAUACAGACUUUUAAAAAAUGUUCAAUAUUUACUUAUUUACUUAUAAUUUUAUUAAUGGAGUAUUAGUGGAUGUAUAGGGACUUUUAAAAAUCAGUAUUCCACUUUUUUAUUCUUGCAAAUAUAUAUCUCAGAAAUUGAAAGUGUUGAACUAUGCUAUAGUGUACAGUAUAUUAUAUGUAGUGUUUGUGUUCAUGAUAUGUGUAUAUUUCCCUGAUAGGGUCAUUUUUAUUGGUAAUAAUUUUUAUUUAAUAAUUAUGUAUUUUUUUAGCUGCGUAAAGUCAUGUUGGCACCUUACUGAACUUCAAAUUAAAGUUUUUUUAACUUAAAAAA